AUGUCUGGUACAGUGGUAGCCUCAACACGCCGUGAUGUUGGACGGCAACGAGCGUCCAAAACAGGUCAGCAAGGGGACGGCGACACUUACUGUACAGCAGAACCAUUGACCCCAUCUCAACCAUGUGUCUUCAUCAUGCAGGAUCAAGAUGAGGAGCAAAGUGACACAAGACAAGACGUUCAUCUUCCCAAACUAUCCCCAGCUGGUUACUCUAGGAGAAACAAACGGAAGCAGAGUGAACCAAGACGAUUGAGUACAAGCACAAGCAACCCUCUGGUUAAGGAGGAACCCGUGGACUUACCAAGUCAUCUUCAAGAGGACCAUUGUGGACCAGCAAUGGAGUUGACCAGUGACACUGACGAUGAUGAUGAUGACGAUGAUGAAUCUCGUUGCUAUGAGACAAGUAAAGUGACACUGGUAGGGUGGGGUCGUGGUGGUGAUGAUGGUGGUGAUGAUGGUGGUGAUGAUAGGGGUGAUUGUGGUGUGGAUGAGUUGAUACCCGGUAUGUUGGCCUUACAGGGUCAUUUCAGUCGGGCCAGCCACUCCAGCGAAGACAGCCUUGACCUUAACCCAACUAUCUCUAAAACUUUUGCCCAGCAAUCGAUGAUGAUGCGAAGCAUGUAUGGUAGUGGUGGGAUGUCUAGUGACGAUGGUAAGAGUGAUAACGAAGAUGGAUCCCAAGGUACUAACUCACCGGAGACUCUAAUGGAUGGUGAAGACGGUAGCCCUCACCAUUCCCCAGACUCGAGUGGUUCCUCACGAGUACCCCGAUCUAAAAAGACUUCUCGAUCCUAUAAAAACCUGAGUAGAUCCCGAAGAAUUGUUGCGAAUGCUCGUGAAAGGAAUCGCGUUCAUACAAUCAGUGCAGCCUUUGAGGGACUUAGAAGAGCUGUGCCGUCUUACUCACACAACCAGAAACUUUCCAAGUUGGCUAUUCUUAGAAUAGCGUGUAGUUACAUCCUUGCACUGGCGAGUCUUGCUGACAUGGACUAUUCCCCCGAUCAGCAGCAAAUGUCAUUUGGUGAAUGUGUGGACAUGUGUACAAGAACACUUCAAUCGGAGGGACGCUCAAAAAGGAGAAAGGUACGUUUUGGGUUUUGGAUUUUAUUUUCCGUCGGAUAA